GAGUCCGUCCGGGCCGGGCGUGGCGGGGAGUGCACUCCUCCCUCCGCUCCCUCCUCUCCCUCCGCUCCGGUCCCCGUCCGGGAAGGCGGAAGCGGCGUCGGCGGCGUCGGCGCCGGCGCGGGGCCCGGAGCUUGGGGACGAGCUGCUUGGCCAAUCAGUUACUAUGAGUCUGCUUAACUGUGAAAACAGCUGUGGAGCCAGCCAGUCCGAGGGUGACUGUUGCGCUGCCAUGGCCAGUGCCUGCAGCGCCGGAGCCAAAGACGACAGUGUAAGCAGCAGUGUUAACACUGGAAACCUCCACAAUUCCUUCAUGGCCGAGACUCAGGGCUACGACGUAGAGUUUGACCCACCCCUGGAGAGCAAAUAUGAAUGCCCCAUCUGCCUGAUGGCCUUACGGGAAGCAGUGCAAACGCCAUGUGGUCAUCGCUUCUGCAAAGCUUGCAUCGUCAAAUCCAUAAGAGAUGCGGGUCAUAAAUGUCCAGUAGACAAUGAAAUCCUACUCGAAAAUCAACUAUUCCCUGACAAUUUUGCCAAACGGGAAAUCCUGUCUCUCAUGGUGCGAUGUCCAAAUGAAGGCUGCCUGAUGAAGAUGGAAUUGAGGCAACUAGAGGAACAUCAGUCACUCUGUGACUAUGCUUUGGUGGAGUGCCCUCAGUGCCAUAUUUCCUUCCAGAAGAAUAUUCUUCAUGAUCACGUAGUCAGUGAGUGCCCAAGACGACAGGUCUCCUGUGUGAACUGUGCUCUAUCAAUGGCAUUUGAGGAUAAAGAGUAUCAUGACCAGAACUGUCCACUGGCAUCUGUCUUUUGUGAAUACUGCAGUACAGUGCUCAUUCGAGAACAGAUGCCUACUCACUAUGAUAUGGAUUGUCCAACAGCUCCAAUUCCUUGUACCUUCAGUUCAUUUGGAUGUCGUGAAAAGAUGCAGAGGAAUCAAUUGGCACGCCACCUGCAGGAUGAUACUCAAGCGCACAUGCGGAUGAUGGCCCAAGCCCUCCACAGUAUCAGCAUUACUGCUCUGACCCCCGUGCCUCAGCUAGAUGUCCUCCCAUUUGAUCCUGCUUCCCUUCCCCGGUCCUCAUCUGGAUAUGAUUGCCACCCAGAGGUGCAGAACUUCCAAGAAACCAUCCAGCAGUUGGAGGGCCGCCUUGUAAGGCAAGACCACCAAAUUCGAGAACUGAUCGCCAAGAUGGAAACUCAAAGUUCCCACGUGGUAGACCUCAAGCGCACUAUCCGAACGCUAGAGGAUAAAAUUGCGGAAAUGGAGGCCCAACAGUGUAACGGGAUUUAUAUCUGGAAGAUUGGCAAUUUUGGCAUGCAUCUGAAAUCCCAAGAGGAAGAGAAGCCUGUUGUCAUCCACAGCCCAGGAUUCUACACUGGUAAGCCAGGUUACAAACUCUGUAUGCGCCUGCACCUGCAGUUACCCAACGCCCAGCGUUGUGCCAACUAUAUAUCUCUAUUUGUGCACACGAUGCAAGGGGAGUAUGACAGUCAUCUCCCUUGGCCCUUCCAAGGAACUAUUCGGCUUACUAUUCUUGAUCAGUCGGAAGCACCGGUCAGACAGAAUCACGAAGAGAUCAUGGAUACCAAGCCAGAGCUUCUGGCCUUCCAGCGACCCACCAUCCACCGCAACCCAAAAGGUUUUGGCUAUGUGACAUUUAUGCACCUGCAGGCCCUGAGACAAAGAGCCUUCAUUAAGGAUGACACUUUACUGGUGCGCUGUGAGGUCUCAACACGGUUUGACAUGAGCAGCCCCCGAAGGGAAGGCUUUCAGCCCCGCAGCACUGAUCCAGGGGUGUAGGUGCCCUCUCGCUCCCCUCCCCCAGGGCUUGAAAAACUUCCAACUGUUUGGACGAAAGUCCUUCUGUUCCAAAUCAAGUUCUCAACAGACAAGUCAGUCAACAAAGGACAACAAGAGGAUCAAACAGUCCUCUAAUAGCUCUCGUUCUUCAUUCCCUUCCUGCUAAAAAAAAAUGUAUUGGAGCAGUGUCACCCUUGGGAAUCUCAAUCAGUUUCUAUGCUUUUCCAGAGAGGGUCUAUGGUAUGUUAUAGUCCUUUCGGCAUCCACAUUCAUUGUGCAAAACACAACUCUUGAUUGAGCUCUCUUGGGUUAAAAUAACUGACUUCUUAUCAAAGGUAGGAUUUCCCUCAAAAGAUUUGGUAUAACCCUAAAGUUCCAGCUAACCUGAACUGUCGUCUUUCUUCCAACUUCAGUUUUGUUUCCACAGUAUUCAAGGUACUGUGUAAACAAAUUAACUACUACAUGAAACCUUUCACCAGAAAUAGAAAUCUCUGAGGGGAAAAAUUCUUAGCAAACAUAACUCUCAAUGGUUUAUCCCUAUUCUGAAAUUUCAAAAGAUUUGGAAGACAGUUCUUGGAAGACAAAGAUUCUCAUUUACCCUCCUUUUGUCCUGGGGAAAUGCACAAUAGAGUCAGACAGCAACUGAAUUACAUGGAGUGACCACACUUGGACUUCCGAAAAGUGAUUUGCAACACAACUAGAGGAGUUUUGCCCAGAAACAUAUGCCCUGAAUAGAAUGUUCUCACUCAUUUGUGUGACUAUAUUAGUGACUCUUAAUCCUGGAUUAAGAAUUCUUUAGCCUUGUUGGAGGUGUUUGCUUCCAUGUAGAGACAUUAAAUGAUUUCUUGUGUCAGCUAUACACAUUUCCCCCUUCUUUUUCUUCUCUUUGUGAUAUUGAGAAUCAGGGAGAUCCUGUUUGCCACAUCACUGUUGUUGUGUAAGAUGACUGAACAUUUCUAAUGCUAAAAAUGUGCUACAAGUUUCCACAAGCAGAAGCACUUACACCACAGAGGUUUACCAUCCAAGGGGAAGAUAAACGUAUACACUUAUAAACUUAUAAUCACAUACACAUGAGAGGAAAACAAAGAUACCACUACAGAUUUAUAACCAGACCAAAAAGAGUUAGCUCAGAUUUGGAGCCCAUUGUCAGUUGCCUUUUGGGAUAAGGGACUAUAACCUGCAGUGUGGGAAAUGGUUGGCUAAGUUCAGUGCCCCACAGUGGGCUCUCUAGGAUAAGGUUUGCUUUUAAUCAUUCAGAAUUUACUUGGUGCUGUUCACACAAUCCUCCAGAUCAUUAGUAAAUAGUUAAUAAAGGAGGCUUGUGGGAUCUUCACCUAGGAAAUGCCAGUUGGAAUUCGGCCACUGCUUUCUGUUUUGUUCUGGACAUACGGGGUUUAACUUGCUUCGCAGGAGAUACUCUGGGAUAUUACUACAAGGUUCCCAUCAUAAACUAAGUUCCCAGGGGACUGUUCUUACGACUAUUUAUUUUUGAUGAUUAUAAUGAAAAACUGGAUCCAGUCUCCCGAAAAUAAAACAGGGCAUCCUUUUUAGCCCACAAAGUAAAGGCCUUUAUUUUCAUGGAGAGCUGAGAAGCCCAAAAUACCAAGGAGGGAGAGACCCUGAGGCAUAGUUCCUUCAUCAUUCUACUUCCACUCCACGCACUUUUGGUUUGGGUUCUCACCCUUAGGGUUGUAAGUGCAGGAUGGGUGGAGUCUCCAAGGUGGCUAGAAAGUCUGCUCCAUUUCCCUCCUUGUCCAACUCUCAAACACACAGUCCACUCAGCAAUAGCAGUGAGAUAUGACUCACAACUCCCCUCUUAAACACAAUUUAUUUCCACUCUCCCUUGCAAAUCUUCACUACAGCCCUGGUGCCAACCAAACAAGCAUUUUACAUAAGUCACGACACUUUGUAGACUAUUGAAAGGUCAAUGUAAUACCAAAAAGCCUGUGUUCAAGUUUUCUGGUUGCUCUUGAUUUAGAACCAAGCUGUAGGCUGAAAGGUAAAUGCCUUUUUUAAAUCUGUCAUUCUCCAAAAGGUUGGAGCAUAAUGGUUUGACUAAAUUGACAUCUAAACUGACAAUAUUUCCGUUUCCAAAUGUUUUCUGUCUCUCUUGGCAUCACUGGGGAAUAUUAGCUAAAUAAAAGUUCUCUGCACCACUUCCUCUUAA